AUGUUUUAGAUGCCUCAUAGCCAUGCCAAGAUUUACCAUUGCACCACAUCCAGCUAUUGACAAAACGGCACUUUUUCUUAAAUUCAAUAAGCAUAUGGAUCGUUCUUGCAUGUUGUGCGGCUGAGCACAGCAGGGACACAACACUCUGAAGCAGGACACAGAAUGGUGAUCCCAGCACUGGCGCCUUCUCUCGGAAACCCGCCGGCGUCGCGCAGCGUCACAGCUCUCCACGGCGCGGACGAUGUGGUUCACCGGCGUGGUCGUCGCUUCGGUCUACGGCGUCAUCGGCGUUCUGGGACUGAUCGGCAACGUCACGCUCAUCAAGACGUUCUGCUCCACCAAAUCCAUCCGCAACGUGCCCAACCUGUUCAUGUCCAGCCUCGCCCUCGGGGACGUGCUGCUGCUGGUGACCUGCGCGCCGGUGGAUGCCAGCCGCUACCUGUCAGAGGAGUGGCUGUUCGGCAGGGUGGGCUGCAAAGUCAUCCCCUUCAUUCAGCUCACCUCGGUUGGCGUGUCCGUGUUCACCCUCACCGCCCUCUCCGCUGACAGGUACAGGGCCAUCGUGAAGCCCCUGGACAUCAAGGCAUCGAGCAGCACCACCAUCAUCGUCCUACGGGCGGCUCUCAUCUGGCUCCUCUCCCUGGUCCUGGCUAUCCCCGAGGCCGUCUUCUCUGACCUCCACACCUUCGUCACCUCCACCAAUGAGAGCUUCGUCACCUGCGCCCCCUAUCCGCAUGCGGGGGAACUGCACCCCAAGAUCCACUCCAUGGCCUCCUUCCUCAUUUUCUACGUCAUUCCCCUGCUGAUCAUAUCCGUGUACUACACCUUCAUCGCCCGCAGCCUGAUGAAGAGCGCCUCAAACCUGCCGGUGGAGGGGAACUUACACGCCAGACGACAGGUUGAAUCAAGGAAGCGCUUAGCCAAGACAGUGCUGGUGUUUGUUGGUCUCUUUGCAGUGUGCUGGCUGCCCUGUCACGUCAUCUACUUGUACCGCUCCUAUCACUACUCCCAGGUGGACACUUCCCUGGUUCACUUUGUGUGCAGCAUCGUCGCUCGUAUCCUGGCCUUCACCAACUCCUGCCUCAACCCGUUUGCCCUUUAUCUCCUGAGUGACACCUUCCAGAAGCAGUUCAACCGGCAGCUGUGCUGCUGCUGCCACAUGAUGCUGAGACGCUCCUCGCAGAGCCACACUCACUGUAACACACACGGGACGUCGGUACGCAGCACCCAUCACUCCAUGGGGAGCCUCAGCAUGAUCAAUGGCAGGCGGGUCUAUCAGGAGGAUUGCGUGUAAAUUGUGUUUCUGUGUUUCUGCCUCUUUGCUUUUGAGUCAGUGACUGCAUUACUGUUGUUAAUGUCAGUUUAAGAACCAUGCAUGAAGAUAUAUGGUUGAGUAGUUGGGGUACUCCGGUGUUUAAAUAUUGCACUUCUGUAAAGUUCAGGGCCUUGAAGGAGCCAUUGUCUUUGUUAAAAGAAUGGUGGUUGAAGCAUGUGUCCAGAAAUUGUAUUAAAACGUGUAUGAAAAAUUAGUUUACCUGCCUUAAGUUAUUAUGUUGACAGGCACUGUGCUUAAAGUGGAGAAGGUUUAACGUUUUUGUACCACACGGCUGUCAUAAGGAUAAAAGGAUAAAGGUUAAUUACCAGUCAUUUAUGAUUUAGACCACUGAGGUUUUCUUGAACAAGGACUAAAAACUUUCUCAUCAACUCACUGCUGAGCAUCCAGACGUUGCUAUGACAAAAGAGUCAAAAGCCAUGCGAGUAGCUAGGAGACAGGGUUGACCUUUCCCGUAACGCAACAUGGCAGAAUCUCUGGGCUACACCCCGUGCACCUGGGAAAUACGAUAUCUUUAGAUGCGAUCACCACACAAGUUAUGAACGCCGAAGCUGAAAUAAAAGAUAUUAGCUGGGGCAUUUUCUUUGACUCAGUAAAGUUCCUCCAGAACCACAGAAGACAUAAAUGACUAUUUUUCACAAGCGGAGUUUAACUUGAGUAAUAUUUGUGCAGCGUCCCUUUAAAGGACUUUCUACCCAGAAGUCAGAGAAUAUAUUUUACUUUCCUGUCAUCAACUUGCAGCUGUCAGUGCAAACUGUUUGCAAACUGUUAGUGCAAAGUAACGAUUACUUGCAAACUUACCAAUUUAUAAUGAAAGCGAACUGCUAUGUUUCCGGUUCAAAGCUGUUGGUCGGUACAACGUUAGGGACUGUAACCGACGUAGCUGCUAUAUUUAUGUAAAGAAUACAAAAUGUUGCUGCUGCAUGAUUUAAAAGUCGGUGUGCUCUUAAAUGUGAUAUUGGUCUACAUUGGCAUGUAUAAUUGUGAAGCUUGAUGUGUUAUAUUCUGGCUGCAUUGUGCUGCAGUAUGUAUGUGAUAUCUUUGAAAUAAAUGCUGUGAGGAUACUUGUGACAUUCUCAGUGUACCUUUAGAAAUGUAUCUUAAAUGUUAGCCGUCCUCUGCUUACUGAAUGUGGAUUUUAGCAGUGACUCGGGUGUAAAGAGAGCGAAAAAUGUAAACGCAUGUGUUAGAAAUCUCAUUUGUCACUUGGUAUUGGAUUACGCAAUAUGGUUUUAUAUUCUUUGUAGUCGAGUGUUCGCACAAUUUGCAUGCAGUCCUCAAGGAAAUUAAAUUGACAGACCUUGUUUACUUCAAAAAAUGUUGCACCUCUUUCACAUGGAAUCAAUAAACAUUGUGUUCAAAUGA